AUGAAACUGAUUGUCCUCACACUAACGCUAGCCCUUGUGGCUAGUCAACAGGUGAAUAUAGAGCCAGACUUCAGCGCAAGUAGAACCUACGUGUACAAGUAUGAAGGUGUCAUGCUGGCUGGUCUUCCCACCGCGGGCCUAGCUCGAGCUGGACUAAAGAUCAACUCUAAAGUGGUGAUCAGUGGAAUUGCUCAGAAGACCUAUUUAAUCAAGCUGUUGGAGCCUCAGCUAUCAGAGUACAAUGGAAUCUGGCCCAAGGAUCAGUUUGUAUCAGCUUCCAGACUCACUCAGGCACUGGCCCCUCAGCUCACCACCCCCAUCAAGUUUGAGUAUGACAGCGGCCGGGUGGGUCGGAUUUAUGCUCCCUCUGAAGUUUCUGAGACUGUGCUGAACAUCUUCAAAGGCAUCCUCAACAUGCUGCAUCUAAACAUCAAGAAGAGCCAGAACGUGUACGAGCUGCAAGAGGAUGGAGUGCAAGGAGUCUGCAAAACAGAAUACAUCAUCCGUGAGGAUCAGAAGAGAGGGCGCAUCAGUGUCACCAAGUCCAAGGACUUGAGCGACUGCAAUGACAAAAUAGUGAAAGACAUUGGCAUGGAGGAAAUAGAACAUUGUGCCCAUUGUCAGCAGAGAGGAAAGAGUCUCAGAGGAGCUGCUGCCUACAGUUACAUCCUGAAGCCCACAGACUCUGACGCCUUGAUCAUUGAGGUUACAGCCCAGGAGCUCCAUCAGUUUACACCUUUCAACGAAAUGACCGGAGCUGCUCAACUGGAAGCAAGACAAAAUCUCAUUUUCCAGGAGAUUCGGAACUCCCCUGUUCAACCUGGGGAAUCAGAAUACCAAAAGAGAGGGACCUUGAGGUAUGAAUUUUCCUCUGAAAUCCUCCAGAUGCCCAUUCAACUCUUCCGGAACCGGAACCCAGAGACCCAGAUUGUAGAGAUACUGGGACAUCUGGUUCAGAACAAUCAACAGCAGGUUCACGAAGACGCCCCAUUGAAGUUCAUGAACUUAGUCCAAAUGCUCCGCAUUGCCAGCUAUCAGAACAUACAGGCCAUCUGGAAGCAGUUUAAAGGGAAACAAGACUACAGACGCUGGGUUUUGGAUUCGGUUCCUGCCACAGGAACCUCCAGUGCUCUGAGGUUCAUUAAGGAGCUGAUCCAGAAUGAUCAACUUACAUUGAUGGAAGCCACUCAGGCUCUUCUGACUGCUUUGUACCAGUCAUACGUCAACCAUGACAACUUGAACAUUGCUGCUGAGCUUGUUCACAAUCGCCAUGUUCAGCAAGAACCUAUCCUGCGCAAAGUAUGCCUUCUUGGUUAUGGGUCUUUGGUGCACAGUUACUGUCAGAAGCAUGACAGCUGCCCUGACAGCCUUUUAGAGCCCCUUCACAACUUUGCUGCUGAAGCUGCUAGCAGAGGCCACCAAGAGGAGAUCGUCCUGGCACUGAAGGCCAUUGGGAACGCAGGUCAGCCAUCCAGCAUCAAGCGCAUCACAAAGUUCCUGCCGGGAUUCUCCUCCGGAGCCUCGCACCUGCCGGUCAAAAUCCAGGUCGAUGCAGUGAUGGCCCUGAGGAACAUUGCAAAACAGGAUCGCAAGAAGGUCCAGGAAGUGGCUCUGCAACUGUUUAUGAACAGAGAGCUCCACCCUGAGGUCCGUAUGGUGGCCUGUAUCGUCCUGUUUGAGACCAAGCCCACCAUGGCUCUGGUGACAACUCUUGCUGAUGCCCUACUGAAGGAGACCAGCCUGCAGGUGGCCAGCUUCACCUACUCCCACAUGAAGGCUCUGGCAAGGAGCAGCUCUCCUGAUUAUGGCCCAGUUGCUUCUGCUUGCAAUGUUGCUGUGAAACUCCUGAACCGUAAACUAGACAGGAUGAGCUACCGCUACAGCAAGGCCAUUCAUAUGGAUAUUUUCAAAACCGAGCUAAUGGCAGGAGCUGCUGCCAAUGUGUUCAUCAUCAACGACGCUGUGAGCAUCUUGCCCAGAGCUUUGAUUUCUAAAAUCCGAGGUUACUUCUCUGGAGCAGCAGCAGAUCUUGCAGAGUUUGGCAUCCGAGCAGAAGGGAUUCAAGAGGCCCUCUUGAAGCGCCAAGCGGCAACUGAUUCUGAGGAGAUAGACAAAAAACAACGUAUCCUGAAAGCACUCACAGACUGGAGAAGCUUCCCUUCCAACAAACCCUUGGCAUCAGUCUACAUGAAGUUCUUGGGACAAGAAAUCACUUUCGGCACCCUUGACAAGAAUACCAUUGAAGACGCUAUGCAGGCGGCCACAGGACCUUUGGACCAGCACGAUAUGGUGAAGAAAGUGGUGAAAUUGUUGCGGGACGGGGUCACAUUCCAGUGGUCCAAGCCCCUGAUGGUUGCCGAAAUGCGCCGAAUUGUCCCGACAUGUAUCGGCCUUCCCAUGGAGCUGGGCCUGUACUCUGCAGCUGUGGCUGCCUCUGCAGCCAACAUCCAAACCCGCCUCACACCUCCUGCUUCUGAUAACUUCAGGAUUACUCAGCUGAUGAACACCAACAUACAAAUGCAGGCUGAGAUAACACCCAGCAUUGCUAUGCACACCAUUGCUGUGAUGGGUGUCAACACACACUUAAUUCAGGCUGGUCUGGAGAUUUAUGACAGGAUCCGUACAGAGGUUCCACUGAGGUUUGCUGCAAAACUUGACAUCAAAGAGAGCAACUUCAAAAUUGAAGCCCUACCUGUUCAACAGCAGGAACGACUUUUCUCAAUGAGGGCAGAAUCCUUUGCUGUGACCAGAAAUGUGGAAAAUUUGCCAUCUGCUAAACGAACCCCAAUCGUGCCAGAAUCUAACCAGGCAAAACUGUCAGAAGAGAAAUUCUCCUCGCAACAACAAACCUAUACCGAACGCAGCAGAGGCAUGGCAAGAACAGCAUCUGAAAUGAUAUCAUCACAGACACCUUACUACUCAGAGCAGAGACCUCAUCCCAUCUCAUCAACAGUACAUAAAACAUUAUGCUUUACUUCCCCAACCUUUGGAUUCCAGGCGUGCUACGAGGAAAAAUCCCAGAAUGCUGCUUUCAUCAGAAAUUCCCCUCUAUAUAAAGUUAUUGGAAAGCACAUGAUCUACAUUGAUUUAAAACCAGUUCACACUGAAGAACCAAUUGAAAAACUGCACAUGGAGAUCCAGGCUGGACCAAAAGCUGCUUCCAAGAUCAUUAAGAUGGUGUCCUUGAAAGACAUGACCAUUGACAAGGAAGAAGAAGCUGCACAAGGAAAGACUGUCCUGCUGAAACUGAAGAAGAUCCUCCAUACAGGAAAAAGAAACGCAACCCAGGGGGACUCCAGUUCUUCCUCUAGUUCCUCAGAGAGAAGCAAUAGCUCCUCCAGCAGCUCUUCUUCCAGAUUCCGGGCAGGUACGGAGAACCUGAGAAUCCGGACCCGCAAGUCCUCGUCCUCUUCCUCUUCCUCUUCCUCCUCCUCCUCCUCCUCCUCCUCCUCCUCCCAGCGGAGGUCCCCAAGAACCCACAGUCAGAACCAAAAUCAAAAUAAAAACCUCAGACAAAGAAGGAGCAGUAGCAGCAGCAGCAGCAGCAGUAGCAGCAGUAGCAGUGGCAGUGGCAGCAGCAGCAGUAGCAGUCGUUCCAGUAGGAAUUUCCAUUCCCAGAAGCAGAACCGGAUGAAUGGAGAUUACUGGAGCAUCAGGAGCUCUCUUGGUAGCGGCCAGAUUAUGAACCCUGCGAUGUACAAAUUUAAGAAACACCACAUCCAUCAGCAUGGCAGAAAGAAGCAAUACAGAGAUCCGCAGUCUUCCAGCAAAACAAGCAGCAGUAGCAGCAGCAGUAGCAGCAGUAGCAGCGCUGCCAGCUUUGAAACAGCCAACAAGAAGCCUCGGUUCCUUGGAGAUUCAAUGCCACCUGUACUGGCAAUCCUUGCCCGUGCGGUGAGAACUGAUGGCAAGGCACAGGGCUACCAGGUUGCCUUUUACCAUCACCCCAGAUCCUCCCAGCCCAGGGCACAGGUGAUCGUAGCUGCGAUCCAGGAGAAAGACAACUGGAAAAUGUGCGGUGAUGGAAUGAUGCUCAGCCAGCACAAAGCCAUGGCCAAGAUGAGCUGGGGAGAGGACUGCCAACAGUACUUAGCUGUUGUCAAGGCAGAAACUGGUCGUUUAGCACACAACCCUGCUGUGCAGCUCAAAAUCAAGUGGAGAAAGAUUGCUGGAAUAGUGAAGCACGUUUCUAAAAUACUGUUUGACUAUGUACCUGGUGUAUCCUAUAUGGCUGGUUUCUCUGAGGACAGGCGCAACAACCCAUCCAAACAAAUCAAAAUGAUUUUUGCAGCAACAUCCUCCCGAACCAUUGAUGCAGUUAUAAAGAUGCCAAGGUUCACAGUGUAUAAAAGGGCAGUCCAUGUUCCUCUUGCCUUGCCUGUUGGACCAGACAUUCUUGAAGAAGUGAAAGAAGAAGGGUGGAACAUGCUUUCAAGACUCCCUGCUAUGUUUACAGAAGCCAACACAGCGGAGUGCAGUGGAGUAAAUGAAACAGUGAUGACUUUCAAUGAUGUGAAGUACAACAACGAAAUGCCCAUUUCCUGUUACCAAGUGCUGGCUCAAGACUGCACUCCUGAGCUCAAGUUCAUUGUUAUGUUGAAGAAGGAUGAACGUUCUGAGCAAAACAGUAUCAAUCUGAAACUCGCUGACGUUGACAUUGACAUGUACCAGGGUGAAUGUUCUGUGCAGCUGGCAAUUGAUGGCGUGGAAAUUCCUUUGGCUACCCUUCCAUACGUACAUAAAUCAGGGAAAAUAACAAUUAAUAUGAAGGAAGAUGGAUUGGCUCUCACCGCUCCAAGUUAUGGCCUUCACGAAGUCUUCUUUGAAAAGGACAACUGGAAGAUUCAAGUUGUUGACUGGAUGAAGGGACACACUUGUGGAAUCUGUGGAAGAAGUGAUGGAGAAACUAUGCAGGAAUAUUCGACACCUAACAGCCGUAUUUCUGAGAAUGCACUAAGCUUUGCACAUUCCUGGGUCCUUCCGGCUGCGAACUGCGAAUGCACCAUUAAGCACGAGUCCGUGAAGCUGGAGAAGCAGGUGGUUCUCGAAGGACAGGAAUCUAAAUGCUAUUCUGUGGAGCCUGUGCUGCGCUGUCUGCAUGGAUGUCUUCCAAUUAGAACCACACCUGUCACAGUCGACUUCCACUGCCUGCCAAUUGACUCCCAUGUGAGCAGAUCAAGUGGUCAGAGCAGCAUUUGGGAGAAGAGCGUGGAUCUGAGCGAGUCUGUGGACGCACACAUAGCCUGUCGCUGCAGUGAACAAUGUGUUUAAACGCCUGCUGGCUCUGGCCCCUGCAACUUCACUUGACAAGUUAUAAGAUUUAUUCAUGGACCUAUCUUUAACUUUCUCAAGUUAUUCCCUGUAAAUUGUGAAAAUGUUAAUAAAUUCAAAGCAGCAUAGAACCUUGUGUUAUUUUCCCCACAUUUUGUUGCGUUAAACAAAAGAAAAAAAAUGGCUUAACAAUAGAAAAAUGUUCACUUUCCCGUUAGGUCUUUUGGUUACAGCUCGUGUAGCUUAUACAACACUUUACCUUAGUGUAGGAAAGAAUGAUACCUUUUAAAUAAAACUGCAUUCUAUAUAGGGAUGGUUAGUUCAUUAUCUUUCAAACGUAAUCUCCAAGGUGCUAAAUUCAAACCCUGAUAGCACUUUUCAUCUCAUGCGCUUUGCAUAUAGGAAGAGUGCACUUCAAGCAUUCAAGCCAUUGUGUGCCAGCAGUUCCACUCCUCAGCACAUCUGUAGUGCCUCUUUAAUGACCAAGAGAGAGAGUUUGAUGUCUAAUCUAAAGGAUGGCACCUAAUACAGCAGAGUAUUCCCAGUCAAUAUUGUUUUGUACAUUUUGGUCCAGAGGGUACAUCAUCACUUACUGGUCUACCAGCACUGCUAUUCUCAACAUCAGCCAUGUACUGUAGUGCUCGUUAGGAAUCUUUCACCUUAGUCACGACCACGAAUUUCCCUUGUAAUGUAGCAUCCGGGAUAUUUCAGGAUUAGGCUUCAAGAUACUAUUGACAAAACACUUCUAACCUGUUUGGUUAGAUUUGGGGUUGGAUUAGAUAACCAUUUUAUCUAAUCCUAAUAAAAUUAGGCAAGGUUGAAAUAAGAAUAAUACUGUAUAUGUAUGUAUCCUCUUAAAGAGGAGCUGCACUCCCAGUUUCUCGGAAAAGUUAUUAAAUCUCAGUAACAAAACGAAUUCAUUGACAUUACAGAAAAAGUUUACAAAUUUCAAAUUAAGCACAGAAUCGUGAACUUUGUGAAAGCACCAUGUUAUUGCAAACUCACAUUCACACUACCACGAGCUGUGAUGUGGUUUGGCCCUUCCUCCUCAGUAGUCACUGUAAUGACUAAUGUAAUAUGUAUGAGCAAAUACAUAGAGAUUGUGCAGCAGACAUUUCACAGCAGAAAAAAAAUAUCUGAAAACAGGAGAUUGCAGGGAACUGAAUGAAUCCUGCAGAAAACGUGGAACUGUACUCAUCUAGGAACUAUUCAUCAGUUAUUAUAAGAUGUGAUAUGAACUUGUUCUCAAGGUCAUGUGUUAAAAAUACAGAGCUCUAACAUCAGACAAGACCACGUGCUGUAGCUGAUACUGUAUAUGAACACCCAACUGACUUUAAAUCACAUGUAUUGACUUUCUAAAAUAUAUAUUGUUGGUUUUAAUCAGGUCCCGUUACUUUUCCUUAUUGCAAUAAUGUAGCACAAACUGGAUGAAUAUGAAAAGAAACCACAUCAUGGAAAUAGAGAAAACUCUCAGUGAUUUGUAAAUCUAGAUCAUUUACAAUAGCAGGUAAACUCUGGCCCGUUGUCAUAUUAGAUCUGGCAGAAAUGUUUUCCAAAAAGCCCAUUUUCAUAAACCAUAAAUUACAAAAAAACCUUUGUUCAAGUUUGAAAUAAUUUAACCAAUAUUAAAAAAAGCAGAUCCAAACUGUGGUCCCACUAGUAUCUCACUUUGCUCUGGCCAAUUGUCUCUACUAUAUCCUAUCUCCAGAAAAUCUCCUUAAAACCGCUGCCUAAUCUGCGAUAGUGUAAAAUCCAGAACACAGUGCCUGGCUGCAUGUCAUUGGCACUGCCAGCUUACACCUUGAAGAUAAUUUGCUGGUAGUAUUUUCGCAGCACUAUGAAAGCUCUGUCAGGAACUAUUUUCAAACUGCCAUGGAA